GUUCGCCUCGCGCUGUCGCUCUCUCCUCCCUCUCACCACCACCGCCAUCCUCUCCUUCCCUCUCACCGCCUUCAUCGCAGCCCGUCUCGCGCGACUGCGCCAUAGUGCUCGCGGUCUUUGCUGACUUAAGUGCUGUUCUCUCUUUCAGGUUCUUCUCUACUGAUGCUCACACAACAUCCACCGGCAUGAGCAUGACAGCAUAGCGCACACCCACACUGACUGCUAGAAUGGACGCCGACGACGAUAUCGACGCGAGCAGCGACUCGUCCGACUUUUACAGCGCAGAACCCGCCGCUCCCAGCGAUGCGCAACCCCGGGCGCAAACGGCGCCAGACGCGAACAUUGUCGAUUCCACAGCGCCUGCUGUUCUUCCUGGCAGCAAUGGUGACAUAGUCGCCGACGCUCCUGACGCGCAGGAAGAUGCGAUCGCGACACGCGAUGGAGAUGAUCAGGAUUCCUCUUCCGAAAUGGAUCUUUCCGAUGAGAGCAGGCCUCCGACGCCUGCGCACAAGGACGCGCCCUCGUCUCCUUCUGCCACGGAAAAUGCCAUUGCUGAGCCACCAGCAAGCCAUCCCGGAGCCAAGCGCAAAUUGAGUGACGUCGAGGAGAGCGCGGACGGAGAGGUACAGGUCGCUGACGACCAGGCCAAAAAGCAGAAAACAUCCCCUCAGCUGCCCCAGCUCUCUCCCGCAAUAUGGCAGCGCAUUUUCUACUUGCUGCCACCUGCCAUGCUCUGCCGAUGCUUGCGCGUGUGCAAGGACUUCAAUCGUUUUCUAACCGAAAUGAAGGCGCCUCAGGCUCCACAGAAAGAUAAGUUCACGGCGCGCGUCGUCGAUAGUGAAGCGAUUUGGAUACAGUCCCGGAAGAACUAUUUCCCACAGCUACCACGGCCGCUACGCCAACAUAGCGAGCUGGACAUGUUACAACUGGUAGGUGGGCAGGCCUGCCAGUUCUGCGGCAAAUUGCCCUCUCCUGUUCCUGCAACAUCCGUCUUCAAUUGUGGCCCUGGAACAGAUGGUGUGCGCGUAAUAUUUCCAUUCGCCGUAAGGACAUGCGGGGCCUGUAUCGAGCCUCUGCUGCGCAAAGAUGUCCAGCUUCUGACCGACUCUACAUCUGCACGCCUACGGCUUGGGAUCGCACACGCGUUCCGCAAUGAGGAAUCCCAUUUCGUAACGGAGACUGUGCGCCAGAUACCGCCAGGCAUACCCGGGAGUCUACGUUUUUCCAAAGUGUACUACCAGCCUCAGCUUGCGGCCAUCAAGCAGGAAGAAGACGACGCCCAACAGCUGGGACAGGGCGCUGCCGACGAGUGGCGCAAAGGUCUGUACAACAAAGGCAAAGACGCCAUGGCAGAUUCCGCUCGAUGGGAGAAAUGGGAGGCGCAGCUUCGUCUCGGCGCAAACCUCGCCCAUGUGCUCAGGGAGUAUGAUUUGUCUUCUUUCCCACAACAUGUCCAGGCCAUUCAGAGUAGUUCUGCCGGAGCGAGCACUUUUCAGUCAUCGUCGACGACGAUGGCCAACGGACCACACCCCCUACCUCAACCAGUCCACGUUUUUCACAACGGAUAUCCUCCACAAUUCCCACAGUACCAGCAGCUAUCCAGGCCGCCUUUGCCCCAGCAACAUCAGCUUCCAUUCCCACCUCCGCUUCCCUUCGCUCCGCAUCAGGCGCCUCACAGAGUGGUCCGCAAUCCACAGGAGGUUGAAAGCGCACGCCAGGCGCGAAGAGCCGAGAUCGAGCGUCGAUGCAAAGAACUUGAGCCGCCGGUGGAACCCAACGUGCUGCAGCACAUGGAGUCAUUCCAGGCCGCGAUGCAGAUUACCACACCGUUGACGGACGCCGCCUGGGACAUGUUGAAACCCAGGAUUCUUGCACAGAGGGAAAGUGCCGAGCUAGCGGAACACAUGAGAGCUUCACAACUUGCCGCGCUGCAGGCUGCCAUGCCGUCUGUCAUGUCAGAGGACAUCAUUUCCAGACCAGCAAAGGAAGUUUAUGAUCGCGAGUACGAAGACUCGCAGCUGCCACUCCGUAAGCGGCUAGGUGAGUAUGCUGAUGAUCUGAUCAAUGGUCAUUGGGGCGGUGGCAAGAUGCUUGGGAAAGACAACGUUCCCAUCUUCGCCAUUCAUGUCCUGCAGCACGUACGUCAACGUUACGUGCAGGACAAGGAACUGGGCCUUCUCGCUGAUUUGGAGACGACCGGAUCGAAGAAACUGUCCAACGGGCAGACGACUCCGCAGCCAGCUCCGUUUCUGUCUCUCGACAAUAUGAAAUGGGUUUACGACAACAAAGUAAGGUCAUUCACGGACGUGCAUCGCAAAGAACAUUUCAUUUGUGCUGGGUGCGACGAGGAGAAGAAACCCAAGUGGUUCGCUUUUGAAGGUCUGAUUCAGCACUAUGGAGCAAAACACACCACUGCCUUCAGUAAAGGCAAUAUCGUCGUACAUUGGCAGACUGCCGAGUGGCCGGACCCCCCACCAUUCCAUACCAAUCCUGCACAUUGGCUGAAGAUGGACCGAAGAGCAUCGGAGUUCAAAAAGGAUCACCGAGCGAGAAACACGCCUCAAGGGACCCAUGGCGGUUCUUCUCAAGCUUCAGCGAACGCCCUCCCCAUGCCUCAAAAUACGCACAGCCCAGUCGCGGUGUUUGGCUCUCACAGCUCGGCAUACCCAUAUCAGGCUUAUGGGCGAACCGUCUCGCAGACCCCGCAGACUUCGUCUAACGGCUAUCACAUACAGUCUCCAGGCUCUUUGAACGGUGCGGCCCAUGGAGGCAGCCAGGAGACACAGCUCUUGAAGCUCGCAAGUGACUCUCGCGAGGUUUGGGACACGCUCGAGGGUGUCAAAGAUCUGCUGGAGAGCAUCCAGGUGCAGACUGUUCUUCACCACGCUGUCCUUCGAUUUGGGGAGCGAUUUCAUUACAAACCAACGCUUGAUAUGCUGACGGACGCUUUGGCAACGCACAACUCGAUGCGCCCGUUGAAGAACGUCACAGGUCUUGCUUGCAAAUCUUGUGUAGCGGCUGGGCCAAACUCGCAUAGUUCCUCGUACUGGACGCGAAUCAGAGCUGCCAAGUUCUUCAAUACCUCGUCCUUGAUCACUCACUUCAAGCUCAUACACCAACCACACGACAAUAUCGGUCCACUGGAUUGGGUCAAGGACAUGAUUGAAGUGCCGGAGAGGCAGAUACUCAACCAGCUUCUCCGUACUCCGGGCAUGGACGAUGGGAAGCUGUCGCUUAUAGCCGCGGCCUUCCCAUCUACGUUCCCGAUGCCGUUGCCUAAGAUUGGUCACAUCACUGAGGACGAGUCACGAAAACAAGUAAGCAAUGCUCCAGUACACAGCCUCCUGGAGCGACUCGGCAAAAAAUCGAAAGCCCAAAGCAAGAAAAAGAGCCAGAAAGGUGCGAAUGGUGUGCAAGAUCGUGAUAGUUCCAAUGAGCCAUUGCCGGAGCCGAAAGAAGACGAGUAUGACCCAUCGCGCCCCGCGCUUGUCCAGUCACAGACACAAUUAUUCGAUCCAGCACAGUUUGACACUGAUGCCCGCAAGACGUCAACCCCCGCCACAGCGGUGGCUCAGGCUCCUUCAGCAAGCAUCGAUUUGAAUCCAGAAACAAUCUCAAUGCUCCAGAACCUAGCACAGUUCUCUAAAGAGACCUCAACACCGAAUGGCAACCGUGUGAGUAGAAGUCCAUCGGUUGGUCGCGCAGAGUCAGCAUCAGGACCCAAGCCGACAGACUCUCGUUCGAGUGCAACGCAGAAUGGCCAACCGGAUAUCGCAGCUAUCUUGGCGGCUUUGACGGGGCAAAGCCAAUCAGUUGCGCCAUCCAUUCCCGAGGCAGCCAGAACGGACAGUAUACCUCGCCCAGCCAUGGUCGAUGCAUGCGCCAGCGAGCGCCAGGAGGUACGAUCGCGCCCAGACAUCGGAGCACGCAGUUCAUCGCAACACUACAAUGCACCUGUCCCGGUGCCACGUCCAGCGCCUGCAUCCUCGGAUGUUCACGAAUUGCAGGCGGCGUUAUCCCGAAAUACCAGACACUUCGACCAAAAUCAGCGCCCUUCGCACGCGGAGCGCACAUAUUCAAACGGGCCCCAGCCUCAUUCCCAGCCCGCACCACAAUACCAGUACAUCUACGAGCAUGACCAUGCAUAUGGUCAAGCACCUCCUCCGCACACGGCUGUGUACAGAGAAGUUGGUGCACCGCAAUACGUCCAAAUAUCGGAGCGCGAUUACGUGCCGCAUGGCUAUCAGUACGAGCGGCCAGCACCGAAGCCGCUGUAUGUGGACCAGUAUGGCAGGCCGCUGAUCCCCAUCGAUUCCGCACCGGCACCAAUACAAUACCUGCCCAACCCAUAUGAACAGCAACAACAUGGAAGACCCCAAGAACACACUGUUUAUGCUAGUAUAGCUCCACAGCCACACCUCCAGCCAUUCAGCGGUGUUGGUCAACCCGUUUACUACGAGCAGGCUCCCGGCCCUGUGCCAUCUCGCUAUGCGUACGACGAUCGUGCUUCUGUGGGACGCCCGUGAGGAGGCCCUUCCUUUUGAAGGGACCAAGCAUGUAAAAACAUCCUGCGAUGUCAGCAGAACACUGUAACAGGAACAAAAAUAGCAAUGUUGUAAUGUUGCGAGGCGUGAGCAGUUUAGCGCUUCAAAGCCGCCAGCUUCAGGAACUUCAUAGCUUUGGCUUGGCAUUCGACCUUGACUUAGCAUUUUGGUCUAUUGUAAAACAUGGCCUGGUUCUCAUCGUUUUGUAGAGCACACACAACAAUCAUCAACGUCGAAC